AUGGACCGCGCCAGCAGUACCAACCCACGCUCGGGCAAAGACGCCUUCCCACCUCCUCUGAACCUGAACAAACGCAGCCCACCGCCGACAACCUCAAACGCAAACACAAGAGCAAACGAAAAGCCGACCAAAGACAACGCAAAAGCCAAGAGCAAUCCAAAGACAAAAGGCCAAGACGCCAUGGACGACGACUACGUAGACGUCGGCCCAGUCAGCCCCGGAGCCGCCAAGGCGGCGCCCAAGGCAUCGACGCAGUACUCCAACAACUUCAGCAAGGCCGACGCGCGCUUCAGCACGGCGGCGCAGUCCAGCUACGGCGCCUUUGACCCGCUCGACUACGCCGCCUCGGAGGCGCCGCCUCCUCUGCCGACCGAGAAGAACGGCGAGACGAGCGAGGAGCUGCGCCAGCGCCGGCUGGAAGAAAAGCAGCGACGCGAGGAGGAGUGGGAGGAGGAGCAGGCGCAGCGCAAGCGCGAGCGCGAGAGGCUGGCGCAGGAGCGGCGGCAAAAGGAGAUACAGGAGGAAGAGGAGAGGCGCAGGCGCGAGUGGGCCGAGGAGGACGAGCGCAGGAGGCGACGCGAGGAGGAAGAGGACUUUGACGAGGAGAUUCCGCGCCGGCAGAGCCCGCCCAGGCAGGAGCAGUACCAGCGACGGCCGUCCGGGGCGGACCGGAGGAAUUCGUACGCGAGACACUCGUUCCACCGCCAGAACGACAGUCGGGACUACAGGAGGUACAACAGCAAUAGCAAUAGCAACAACAACAGUGGCAACGAGGAGGAGAACUCAAGGGGCGAUCCGAGGAGGGAGAGGAUCAACAUCAACAUGAAUGACGCUUGGCAGUCGUGGACCUCGAUGGGCGGCAGAGAUGAUCGCGGAGGGUUCGGGAUGGGAGGAACUCCGGGCUUUGGCUUGUUUGGGGGCCAGAGGGCCGGGUUUGGUCCGGUGGGAAAUUUGCCCAUCACCCAGCUGCCGGGUUUGGGAGGAUUUAGAAUGUUCGGAUUAAUGUCGUUCAACACUCAACCCUCGACACCCACCAGCAGCACUGGCCAGCAAUCAGGCCCUCAAAGCUCACCCUGGAGGGCAGAUGCGCCCUCGCGCAGCCCAGAUCAGGCCGGGGACGCCCUUUUCGACGCUAAUGUGUCGUCAUCCCCACAGCAAAACACGUGGGAGUCCUCUCCGGAGUUCGCUUCUCUCUUGGCCACGGCGGCUGCCAUCACUCAAUCCGCCGACCAAGCGCAACUGACCAUGACGGGCGACGUCGACGUCGACAGCGACGCAAACACCAGCAGCGACGACGAGGGCGGCGGCAGCAUCGGCAGCGACGAGAGCACCGGCGCCACGGCCAUGCCCGAGACGCUCGAGGAGCUGGCCACGUACUCGGACGACGUGAUCGCGGCGCACGCGGCGCUGCUCCCUUACCUCGCCGGCCGACUGACAAGCCCGGGUCUGUACCUGCAGCUGGCCCGGGUGGCAUUCCUGAGGCAGGGGAGGGAGCGGCCGCAGUCCGAGCCGCCGAGGGUCGAGGUGGACGCUGGGACGGUUGCGGUGGGGCGCGGGCAGCGGGAGCAGUCGCUGGGGAUGCUGCUGAUGAGGCACAAGCUCUUGGUCUUGGAGAAGCAGUCGCGGCAGCAGCAGCCGCAGCAACAGGAACAGGGCGAUGCUGGCGGCCAAGACAUGGAUGUUGGCUUGUGGGAUUGGCAGGAGUACCAGGGUCAUGGGGUAUCUGGCGACCGAGUGGAUGAGGAUGGCGACGUGGAAAUGGAGGAUGCUUGGCUCUGA